AUGGAUCACUCGAGAAGAAAUCUUUACAGCCAUCUUGGAGAAUUAGGCGUUCUCCAGCUCGCUUUAUAUCAUCAAGACUCAGACCCUUCAGUACUCCAGAAUCAAUCACCCUCAAAUUUGCCUUCUUCUCAAAAUCCGAAAGUUGUUGAAGUGCUCCACGGAGCCCUUCAUAAUCAAAAUUUCCUCCUGAAAAUUACACAUUUCGGGGCUGUUAGAAUUGCUAUUUCAGCCAGGAUAGCAGAUGAAUCCACAACAGUGCAUGUCAAAUCAAAAUCAGAAAACAACAUGAGACAAUGUUCCCCUGGAUUGUGCUCUUUGCAUAGAGGAACAACGAGCUUUUCAAUAACAUCAAGUUCUUCUCCAGUUAAAGAAACACUCAACUUGUCCAGCAGGUCUUCCGUUCGCAAAGCUGAUGCCUGA